AUGGAGCACCUGGGUCCGCACCAUCUCCACCCGGGCCACGCGGAGCCCAUCAGCUUUGGCAUCGACCAGAUUCUCAACAGCCCGGACCAGGGCAGCUGCAUGGGGCCCUCCUCUCGCCUCCAGGACGGAGAAUAUGGCCUUGGCUGUUUGGUUGGAGGCGCCUACCCUUACGGCGGCGGGGGCCCCGCGGCUGGGGCGGGGACCGGGGGCGCGGGGGCCUAUGGCGCUGGAGGCCCGAGCGGCCCCGGUGGCCCGGCGGGCGGCGGCGGCGGCGCCUGCAGCAUGGGGCCGCUGGCCGGCUCCUACAACGUGAACAUGGCCUUGGCGGGCGGCCCCGGUCCCGGCGGCGGCGGCGGGGCGGGGGCGCUGAGCGCUGCGGGGGUGAUACGAGUGCCCGCGCACAGGCCGCUAGCUGGAGCGGUGGCCCACCCUCAACCUCUGGCUACCGGUUUGCCCACCGUGCCCUCCGUGCCUGCCGUGCCGGGCGUCAACAACCUCACCGGCCUCACCUUUCCCUGGAUGGAGAGUAACCGCAGAUACACAAAGGACAGGUUCACAGGUCACCCCUAUCAGAAUCGGACGCCCCCCAAGAAGAAGAAGCCGCGCACGUCCUUCACGCGCCUGCAGAUCUGCGAGCUAGAGAAGCGCUUCCACCGCCAGAAGUACCUGGCCUCGGCCGAGCGCGCCGCCCUGGCCAAGGCGCUCAAAAUGACCGACGCGCAAGUCAAAACCUGGUUCCAGAACCGGCGGACAAAGUGGAGGCGGCAGACCGCGGAGGAGCGUGAGGCCGAGAGGCAGCAGGCGAACCGCAUCCUCCUGCAGCUGCAGCAAGAGGCCUUCCAGAAGAGCCUGGCGCAGCCGCUGCCCGCCGACCCGCUCUGCGUGCACAACUCCUCGCUCUUCGCCCUGCAGAACCUGCAGCCGUGGUCUGACGACUCGACCAAGAUCACCAGCGUCACGUCCGUGGCGUCGGCCUGCGAGUGAGCCUGCCUGCUCCGCCCGGUGAGACCCGGGCCCAGCCAAGGGUCGCGAGGCCUGAGAGCCGCGACUCUCGCCGCCCUCCUGCCGAAGACUGCACGCAGCAGGGGAACGCCGUGCCCCUCCGCACCGGCCGGCGCUUUCGCGCCGACGCUGUUCUCUUUUUGGUG